GUUGACGGCACUGUCUUAGGGGAAAGACCGAAAGAAAGAAAAUGCACUGUAUUUUAUACUAUAAAUACAAGUCACAACCGCCAACACCAUAACUUGCACUCAAAAAAUCAAAACUGAUUAGAAAAUGGCGGAAGCAACAACUCUGUUUCUAACUUCCUCCCUCCUCUUCCUCCUUCUCGUCUCUCUUCCGCUUCCAUCAUCAGGAGAUGGAGGGUUAUUCGUGCCUUCCAGUAAUAAUCCUCGUUACCCGAUUACCCAAGUGGGGGAGAAUUUGAUCAGGCAGCUAAACCUGUUUCCCGGCCGCCAUGAUCACCUCAGGAAAGAAGGCGGCGGGGCAGUUCCCGUCGACGAGCCGAGGCUUAUCGAGAAGCGGUUGGAGCUCGAUUACCCCGGCAAGUCUGAUUCUACUCUUGAAAACCUAGGCCACCAUGCCGGCUAUGUUAAGCUUCAACAUACUAAAGAUGCAAAGAUGUUCUACUUCUUCUUUGAGUCGAGAGGAAACAGAAAGAGCGACCCGGUGGUGAUAUGGCUGACGGGAGGGCCGGGAUGCAGCAGCGAGUUGGCUUUGUUCUAUGAGAAUGGACCCUUUCACAUUCAUCAAAAUUUGUCUCUUACUUGGAAUGAUUAUGGUUGGGACAAGAUUUCAAACCUUAUCUAUGUGGAUCAGCCAACUGGAACUGGUUUCAGCUAUAGUUCAGAUCAGAGUGACACUCGCCAUGACGAAAAUGGCGUCAGCAACGACCUCUACGACUUCUUACAGGCCUUUUUCGAGAAACACCCUGAGUAUGUCGAAAACGAUUUCUUCAUAACGGGGGAAUCAUAUGCUGGGCAUUACAUUCCUGCAUUUGCUUCCCGUGUUAACGAGGGGAACAAGAUAAAGGAAGGAAUUCAUAUAAACCUCAAGGGAUUUGCCAUUGGCAAUGGACUCACAAAUCCGUCAAUCCAAUAUCCAGCCUAUACUGACUAUGCUUUGGAGCAAAAAUUGAUCAAUAAGAGUGAUUAUUACAGAAUAAACAAGGAUAUUCCAUCUUGUCAAGCAGGAAUUAAGAGUUGUGGAACCCAGGGGGGAGAUGCUUGUCAGGAUGCUUUUUAUACAUGCACAAAGAUCUUCAAUGAAAUAAGGACGAUUAUAGGCGAUACAAACUUCUAUGAUAUUCGGACAACCUGUGACGGACCUCUCUGCUAUGACUUCUCAAACAUGGAAACUUACCUCAAUAUGAAUAGAGUUAGAAAAGCUCUUGGGGUCGGGAACAUUGAUUUUGUUUCGUGUAAUAGUGAUGUGUACGAGGCGAUGAUACUGGACUGGAUGAGAAAUCUUGAAGCUGGCAUUCCUACCCUGCUUGAGGAUGGAAUCAAUAUGCUAAUAUAUGCUGGCGAAUUUGAUCUUAUCUGUAACUGGCUUGGAAACUCAAGAUGGAUUCAUGCCAUGGAAUGGCCUGGUCAGAAAAACUUCGGCAUAGCACCUAAUGUUUCAUUUACUGUUGAUGGAAAGGUGAAAGGAACACAAAAGAGCUAUGGACCACUCACUUUCCUAAAGGUCAAUGAUGCUGGACACAUGGUUCCAAUGGAUCAGCCUAAGGCAGCAUUAGUAAUGCUCCAGAGGUGGAUGCAAGGCAAACUUACCUCAACGGCGUCUCCCAUGUAAUUACCAUAAAGAAACAACACUCCAAAAGUAUUAUUGUUUUAUACUGCUUCAUUGAUAUGAAAGUUUAAUUUAUUCAUGUACAUGAAAGUUCAACCUAUGGGUUUAUAUUUCGAAUUUGCAUCUAAAAUGGC